UAGUGAAUGAACUCACCAAAAAAGAAUGCUUUUCCAACUCUGAACAACUUGAAAAUUAUACAGUCCUCAUAUGGUCAGAGAAUCAGUAAAUGUGUAAAUAUUUAAUUAAUAAUUGUUAGGCUCAUCUUGUCAUCAAGAAGGACACCAAAAAGAUAAUCGAUACCAGAUUACUCUCUCAAACAUCCAUUGAACAAGCCAAGCAGCGAUUCAUUGCUAAUCAAGAGAGGUAGAGGUAAAUGUAGAAAAGCCUACCUCCCAUCAUGAAAAGGAAGGAAUUCCAACAAAGAAGUGUUUCAGUUUCAGCCCAAAAAACACCCUAUUCAAAAUACUUUUAUUUUGUCGGAGAAGGCAACAACCAUCAAUUAAUUAAGAAAUUAUUGGAUGACAGGUAGAAUUGGGUCCAGGUCAAGGAUCCAAAAUCUAAGAAAAUUAAUUUUAAAUGGCAAGAGACCGAAAAAGGCUAUGAAUAUUAGACCAUUAAUUAAAAAGAACAACCCAUUUAGAUGCUCAACCAUUUUGAGUUUCAUUCAGAAAUUUCUGAUAAGUUUAAGUUAGCCGUGAAUUUCAAGGCGUAUUGCGAUGUAUCUAAAAUAUAGUAAUCAAGAAAAAUAGACUAAACAUAUAUGAUUACAUUCCCACAACCUUUGCCAUCGAAUGUACCAAUGAAAACCUCAAAUCCGAAUUGUUUUAGUUUAUUUCCUUUUACCGAUAAAAUUGUCCUCAACACAAAUUACCUGAAUUGGACAAAACAAUUAAAUAGUAUUUCUUCUCAUAUACGACUCUGUAUGAUACCAAAGUGAAUCAUUAUCCAACUUUAUUUGGCAACGAAAAUUUGUGGAUCUUCAAACCUUCCAAUAUGAAUCAAGGAAGAGGGAUCCAUGUUGUACGCAGCUUAUAAGAAGUAUUGGAUAUUUAAAGCAAAUACCAAGGGGGAUACAAGGAGAAAUUGUUGGAAGUGAAAAGAAAUGAAUAGAAUGAAAUAAUCAAUAAGGUGGUUUAUUUAAAUACUUUGGUAACAGAACAAUUUGUAAUAUAAAAAUACAUAGAGAAACCAAUGUUAAUAGAUGGUAGAAAAUUCGAUAUUAGAGCUUAUGUUUUAUUGACAUCAAGUUUAUAAAUAUAUUUUUACAGAGAAGGUCAACUGAGAUUGGCUACUGAGAAGUUUGAUACGAAAGUGCAUUCUAAUUAUGUUCAUCUCACCAAUAAUGCCAUCUAAUACACUCAUCCUGAAUAUGGCAAAACUGAGGAAGGGAAUCAAUACAAUUUUGACUAGGCACAAAAUUUAUUUAAGAGGGAUUUUCGAUAAGAAGUAAGAAUUACUUAAUUUUAGAUCUUAGGAAGAAUUAAGAAUAUUUCUUAUACAGCAUUCUAAACAGUGAAGCAUAAAAUAAACAAACAAAAACGAAAAAACUGCUUUGAAAUUUUCGGAAUGGAUUUUAUUAUUGAUGAACAAUAUACUCCUUGGUUGAUUGAAGUUAAUACCAAUCCAAGUUUGGAAGUGACAAGCAAAUUAUUGGAUCAGCUAUUUCCAAGGAUGGUCAAUGAUGCAUUUCGAAUCACAGUUGAUUUAGUUUUUCCAUAAAAUGAACCAAAUUGCAAUUAUCCUUUUAUGCACUAUAAAGAUGAGGAAAAUCUAUGGGACAGUAUGGGAUACUUGCAAUCAUGA